CUGGAAGCUUUACCUCCAACAGGCACGGCAAGCCUUCAGCUUUCCCCGCACUCCUCACCUCUGUUUCUCCAGCAUGCAACAGCUACAGAUUCAAGGACUCCUGAGCAUUUUUCUGCUGGUCUUGAACCCCAGCCAGUGCAGUCCGAUCAUGGCCCAGUGUGUGGAACAAACCUACUGCUCCUCCACGCUGAAAGAGUACCACGCACAGGCACAGCUCAUCAACCUGCCCAGCAAGAUCAACGAACGCAGCAUCGCCGCAUGGAGCUACGAGAAGAACAUCGACCUGGACCGUGUGCCACAGAUCAUCUAUGAAGCAAACUGCCUGAACACUCAUUCCUGUAAGGGGGUCGACAGCUCUUUCAGUCUGGAGAGCAUCCCCAUCGCAAUCAAAAUGCCAUUUCUCAGAAAAAACCCAAGAUGCCCAACUUACGCACUGGAAUUCAAGGAUGUCAAUAUCGCCUGUAUAUGUGCUACAUCCAGACAGAAUUAGCACUGGGUCUAACAGUUCAUGCACUGGAUUUUAUUUUAAUUAUUAUAAUACCGUCACUUAAAUUUAAUGUCAACCACAAAGAAGUCUACUGAAUAGUAAUGCUUAUCGUCCUAAACAACCAACAACACAAUGCAUAUGCUGCAACACAGAUGCCUU